AUGUCUGCUUCGAUGCAUCCACUUGACCCCCUCACUCCGGGGGAAAUUGCGAAAGUUGCAACAAUUAUCAAAAAGGACUUCCAAGGAAAGAGCUUGAACUUCCGGGUCAUCACGCUGAAGGAGCCGCCGAAGAGCGAGAUGGUCUCCUUUCUACAGGCAGAACACCUCAAUCGAGCCUCAGCAUCGUGUCCAGCCCGAAUUGCUCGCGUGCAAGUCAAUUCUCGAGGAGAAUCAGGAUCAAAUGAGCUGAUUGAGAUUCUCGUCAACAUUGACUCUCAAUCUGUGAUUGGGACAGAGCAUCUCAUUGGCAAGCAUUCGUAUAUCGAUUCUGCCUACAUGCAAGCCGUCGAGAAGGCCUGUAGAGCGGAUCCAAGGAUCGAUGCGGAGAUACAAAAGCUCAAGCUGCCACCGGGAGCAACAGUUGUGAUUGAGGCAUGGGCUUAUGCAACUGAUGGGAUGAAUGAUAUGAACGAGCGGACAACAAUGUGCUGGUUUUACAUGCGUUUAAUCGACAGCGCAGACGCAAACUACUAUGCCUAUCCACUUGAACUCUGCGCAGAGGUAUCCGAGAAGCUAGAGGUUACCAAGAUAUACCACCUACCAUCAUCGGAAGAAGAGACAACAAGAGAGGACGCAAAGCCAUAUGAUAACUGCAAAAUCCACUCCACAGAAAUGAGUGAAUACCAUCCUAGUCUUCGACCGCCCCCACGCACAACCACCAAACCCUACCAAGUUAUCCAGCCGGAAGGGCCUUCUUUCCAAGUCGACGGAAACCAUAUUUCCUGGGAGAAGUGGACCAUGCGUGUGGGAUUCAACUACCGCGAGGGUCUCACUCUCCAUGAUAUUCGGUACGAUGGACGCAACUUGUUCUAUCGACUCUCUUUAUCUGAGAUGUUCGUGCCAUACGGCGAUCCGAGAUCCCCUUAUCCCCGCAAAGCAGCCUUCGAUCUAGGGAACGACGGUGCUGGGAUCAAUGCCAAUAAUCUGCAACUGGGCUGUGACUGCUUAGGGCUGAUCAAAUACUUUGAUGGCUGGCACAACACCGCCGCUGGCGAACCACUCAAACUUCCUAAUGUAGUCUGCUGCCAUGAGCAAGAUGAUGGAAUCCUUUGGAAGCACACCAACCACCGCACGCAGAAUGUAGCGGUUACUCGGUCCCGGAUUCUCGUGCUGCAGACUAUCAUCACAGUCAGCAAUUAUGAGUAUAUAUUCGCUUUCCAUUUUAGCCAAGACGCCUCAAUCCACUAUGAAGUGCGUGCUACAGGAAUUCUCUCCACGGCACCUAUCAAUAUUGGCGAUAAAGUUAGUUGUGGGACCGUCGUUGCACCUGGAGUUCUGGCACCAUACCAUCAACACCUCUUCUCUCUCCGAAUCGACCCUGCCAUCGACGGAACAGCCAACUCCCUCCAGAUCGAGGAAACCAAAGCCAUGCCUGUUAAUGACCCGGUCAUCCAUAAUCCCCUCGGUGUGGGAUACACAAGCGAAUCAAAGAUCGUCACUGAAGAAGGCGGACAUGACCUCGACCACACGAAAAACCGCAGCUUCAAGAUAAUCAACGAGAACCAUAUCAAUCCUAUCACAGGGACACCAGUGGGAUUCAAGUUGCUCCCCUGCUAUAGCCAGCUUCUUCUCGCCCAUAAAGAUUCCUACCACGCAAGACGAUCCGAAUUCGGUCAACACGCGGUGUGGGUGACGCGGUACCAGGAUGAUGAACUUUUUUCUGCUGGUCGACACACGAUGCAGUCUCUCGGUGGCGAGGGUAUUGCAUCUGCAAUUGAGGCGCGUAAGAAUGAGGGAGCUUCAGACGUUCGGAACGAGGAUAUCGUCGUCUGGCAUACCUUCGGGUCAACGCAUAAUCCCCGCAUCGAGGAUUGGCCGGUUAUGCCGUCGGAGAAGAUGAUUGUCGGGUUGAAGCCGGUGAACUUUUUCACGGGCAAUCCGGGACUGGAUGUGGCUGUUUCGACGCAGGAGAAGAACCAGAGUGUUCUAGUGGGUAGGGAGGGUGGUUCAGUAGCUGGAUCGAGUCCUUGUUGUCGACUGUAG